AUGGACGCCAGCUACUACGUGCCAGCCGCCGUUCGCCUUGGCAAAAUCGGAGUCGCGGCUGAGCCUGCGUAUGAGAUUGUUUCCCGAAUGGAUCUUUUUGGUCCAAUUCGAGACGGCUCCCCUGCACACCCAACACCUGCCACAUGCUCACUACGACCGGAAAAUCGCGUGCAACCCUUGCCAAGCGACGCCCACUCAGUCAUGAUAAAGGACGCCCACAUAACCCUAGCGCCGGACCAACUGAGAGCCAUUGAACUCGGAUGCUCCAACUAUUCAAUCGUCGGCAUCCAAGCCGCCUAUGGUACUGGAAAGACCGUCGUCGGAGCACUCAUAGCAUCACGACUUGCUCUCGUCAACAACCGCAAGAUAGUAGUCACGGCCGCUACAAACACCGCUGUCGCCCAAUUCGCGCGCACACUUCUCUCCUUCACAGAGCUACCACGGUUGAAUGUGGUACGAUUCCUGUCGGAUGCAGCAGCAGCUGAGGAGCGGGAUCCACUGCCCGUGGAUCUGGACAACGUCCUUAAGAGACUCGGCGUCGACUUCGACGCAUCUCUCGGACCCCAAGCCAAAGCCAUUUGCCGCCGCUUUCGGGAAGGUCGGGAACGACUUGAGCGUUACCGCGACCGAAUGGAUGAGGAAUUCACCGACGAGGAGCGUGAGGACUACAUUAUGGCAGAGAAGGAUGUAUCUCGGACCAUUUCCGACAUGGUAGCAUUGAUGUUCAUUCACCGGCCACCACACGCUCCGAGUCGCUCCUAUUUUAACUCGACGGAAACUGAGCUCUGCCAAACGAUAGUUACUCGACUAUUGAACCGACACAUAAGUCCCGACGCAAUCAGCAUUCUUUCCUUCUACAAGGAACAGAUGCGACGACUGACUGACUUUGCUCACGAAAACCACAUCGAACUGGCCACCGUCGAUUCAAUCCAAGGCAGAGAAAAGGAAAUCGUCAUCCUUUUGACCACGCGCACCAAUUUCCAGCCCUCCUCAGGAGACUUUUUGAAUGACCAAAACCGCAUGAAUGUGGCGUUAACCCGUUGCAGGCAGGGCCUGUUCGUGCUGGGCCACGUUAACUCCUUACGCCGUACCAGCUUCUGGAACAUGGUACUCGCUUGGGCAGAGGAGCGUCGUGCUGUCAUUCCUGCAUCCCAACUCGAUAUAUAUUUACCUGCGAGAUAA